AUGUCCUACGGCUUUGCUCAGAUGAACGGCCUGGGCUCUGGGCCAACAUGGCUAGAAUUGCACUACGGUCCGAUACCCAAUGAUUCAGACACUCCCAGCUGUACCGAGGGGGGACUGACUGGAUGGCGUUGGAUCUUCAUUAUGCAAGGCAUUUUGACGGUGGUGAUAACCGCGGCGGCGUAUGCCCUCACCGUGGAUUCUCCAGAGAUGACCCUGAACCAGGACUAUUGUAUGACCUUCCUCACUCAGCGUGAGAUUCAAUUAAUGGUUUCCCGAGUGAAGAAAGACCGGGAGGAUGUGACAUUGGAGGAGCAAGAUCGAGGACUCUGA